AUGUCGAAAAAGGUCAGAGAGUUUCGAGGUGCUUCCAUAGAAUUGAUUUCGCCUGUAGCGCAAGUGGUGUAUUUUCCCGGUGUAGCCGAACUAUUCACUAUCAUUGAGCGAAUCGUUGUGCUCAUCGACACCGCAAGAUAUAAUAGAGAAGCAUUGCUUUACAUGAAGGUGUAUAUGACAGAAGUAAAGCAGACAAUCCGUGACAAUAGUGAAACAAUAAACGAGGAAUAUACCCCAAGUUUGAUGAAAGCGCUGAAAAAAUUGGGAAAAAUAGAUCGAAAGAUACGUGACCUAUUUACCGACCUGGACAACGCCCUCAAUGCUGCUGAUCUAAGAGUAACCUUGGAAAACAAUAAAGAUCUUAAGAAGAUAUUGGGAAUCACAAAGAGGGUGGAUGAACACAUGAUGGACUUGGAUAAUAGGAUUAAAAUUGAUAUCACAACUGUGAAAGACGUGGUGACGGAGAAAGUUAAAAAUUCUUUCAUGACUACUGCAAUUUUCCAUGGCGUUCCGUUAUCACAGGAAAUAAUAGACGAAUUAACGAUUAACCCAGAACAUAUCAACCCCGUUUGCGAUGCUCAACCUAAUGGCGAUGUUUUUACAAAAGUUAUAUAUUGCGGUGGUCUUUAUGCUGCAAAAGUUAAAAUUGCAAGAGCUCACAACGACAUUAGUCUGUCCUGGGCACAGGCCUUUAUGAGCUCCAAAUCGAAUGAGGGUUUAUUCACGAAAAUCUUCGGCAUUCUACUGGACGGAGGAACUUAUUACAUGAUUACAGAGUGGCCAGGAAAGGGAACGCUCUACGAAUACCUUAAGACACACAGAGAUAUUCCGUGGUCACUAAAGAUAAGAUGGGCGAUUCAAUUAGCACGUGCGCUUGACACUUGUCACAGUAAGUUCAUUAUACACCAUGUCAUUCACAGUCGUAACGUGAUCGUAGAUAUGAACGACAACGUCAAAUUAACAAAAUAUCUUCGUGACAGAAGAACGGAUGAUUGUAUAGAAAUAGAUUCGUUUGUGUUUGCUGAUGAGUAUGAUGUUAUCAGAUGGUCAUGUCCUGAAAAACACGAUCCUAAUCCCACGUUUCCUAUUACUAUGUCGGCCGAUGUAUACAGCUUCGGCAUGCUUAUGUGGGCAAUAACUUCUCACGAGAUUCCUUUCCCAGACAAAUCCAUUGUUGAAGUAUAUACCUUAUUAAAAAAUUCAGUUAGAUUCAAAGAUCAGGACGCUCCGCGCCCGCCAGUAGUUCCUGGUACACCAGAAAAUUACACGAGUAUAAUGCAGAAAUGUUGGAGACAAGACCCAGGAAAUCGUCCAACAAUGGCUUACGUUGUAGCGGAACUGGAACGACUCGAGAUGUACAGGAAAAAUUCACCCGAUGCAGAUACUUAUGGGACUUGCUCUAGUAGUAUGCAAGAAUCUGAGCCGCGCGAGCCGGAGCCAAUAACGAUCUAUUCCGCACGCAAGUUACAUGCUGAAAAGCGCUACAGAGAAGCCUUCAAACAGUUUAAAACGCUCGCUGACGACGUGAAUCCCGACGCUGAAGCAAACUUCUACGUCGGCAGAUACCUCAUGGACGACAGAAUCGGUUGUGGCAAUGAUCUUAAUGUGGGGAUAAGCUAUUUAGAAGUAGCAGAAGAUUUGGGAUGCAGUGAGGCAAUUCAGUAUCGUGCUCAAGAGAAAAUGGCAGCAGCUGCGGAACUGCGAAAAAGGUUUAUAGAAGCGGGAAAACUCGAUGAUGCGAAUUUAAUUUUGGAAAGAAUGAAGACAGAGUGUCUACCAUUGUUUCGUAAUGGUGCGGAUCGCGGCAAUCUGCGUUGUAUGAAAGAUUUAGCUGAUUAUGGGGCAAAGCUAGGAGAUAAGCAGAGUUACGUGGACGGUCUUAGAAUGUUGGAUAACUUAAUUGCAAAAACUCAAGAUCCUAAGCAGAAAGCUAAAGCACAAGAUUAUUUAGUGAAGUUGCAACAGCACAAAAACGCAUUUAUGUAUUGA